CGACAGGGAGAGCAAAUUUCUUGAAGUUGAAACAGAGGUGCGUGGUGGUGAUGAGAACAAAAUUGUUUCAGUUUAUGUAGGAAAAAAGGUAUUAAAUUAACUUUUAAACGACUGAGGUUUGAUUUUUUUUUUAAAAGAGUAAGAAAACUGAGGGCGGCGAUGAUCUGAAGUUUUAAUCCCAAAUAAAGUCAGAGUGGGAUCAGGUUAAUGUUGUCACAUCGCCGCUGAAAUGACACAAAGUGGCGCGCUGGCUUUCUCACUCGCCGGAGCUUUUCCUGAUGGUGUGGAGCAGCCGCUGAGCUCGGCGGGAAUCGCUCCAAACACCCAUCUAUUCAAUCCCUGGCAGCAGGACACAGGGAAACACGUGAGGAGGGGGGAAUGGGAAAACGCGGAAGGCCCAGGCAGGACGGUACAGUUGCCAGUCAUUGCCCCGCGGGCCGGCUCCCAGCAGCAUUAAAGUGACCCGCAGCCUGUAACAAUGUCGCAGCUCCCUCUCAAUAACAGCCUGUACACAAAGGAGACUCUGCCCCAGAUCAACACUUCCCUUCAUAACGUCCAAAUGUUGCUGGAAGCGGCCAGUUAUAUAGAACGGAUCGAGACAGAAAAUGAGAAAGCCGAGCACGGAUAUGCAUCGACGUUACCCCGCAAUGUCGAGCCAGGGACGAGGAAGAAAAUGAAAACCAAAAAGAAUUCGAGCAAUAGAUCUACACACAAUGAAUUAGAAAAGAACCGGCGAGCACAUCUUCGUCUCUGUUUAGAGCGAUUGAAGGAACUUAUACCACUGGGAUCAGAGUGUACCAGGCACACUACUCUUGGUUUACUCAACAAAGCCAAAGCACACAUUAAGAAACUUGAAGAGCUGGAUAGGAAGUCACUGUACCAGAUUGACCAUCUGGAAAGGGAACAUCGUUUUUUAAAGAGGAGGCUGGAACAGCUACAAGGUCUGCCAGAAAAUGAACGAAUACGAAUGGACAGCAUAGGGUCCACUGUUUUCUCUGAUCGUUCAGAUUCAGAACGAGAAGAGAUUGAGGUGGAUGUUGAGAGCACAGAGUUCUCCCAUGGAGACAUGGACGAUAUUAGCACUUCCAGCAUCAGCGACCUUGAUGACCACAGCAGCCUCCAAAGUGUUGGUAGUGAUGAAGGCUACUCCAGCUGCAGCAUAAAGCUGUCCUCGUCAAUUUAAAGAGGACAACCUUGAAGCUACCUGCAAAUAUAUCUGAGGGAUCACAAUAUGACUGGCUACUUCAGCUUUGGACUUUUGUGGAAAAACAAUAGGUUAAGGACAUGCAUUUGUACUACAAUGCUUUAUGCACAAGGCACUCACCCAGUACUGACCUACAUUGCAUUGUUUCAAGGAAAGAACUAGCACAUAGUGCAUAGCAUUGUGGGUACAAAACAUGACCACUAUUCAGAUUCUUUCUUUGUGUAUUCGCAGAUAAUCCAUUAGUGUCAAUUUAGUUGGAAGAUACAAACCUUUUUUAUAAAAAAAAAUGCACUUUUAAGCUGAAGAGCAUCUUGUUGUGUAGCCCAGAGUUCUGAUGUGAUUUGAACAAUGUCAGAAAGUUUGACUUCCUGACAGAUUGUUUCUAACCUGCACUUGGAGGUCUUCAUUCCCAUUAUAAAAACCGGAAAAGAUGUUCUCUUUGUGGAGACCUCACUAAUCAGAUUGUUUAAAAAUCUGUUUACUAUAGAAAAAAAAACCCCAAAUAGAGAUCAAAGAACAUUUUACCAAAUUGGUAAUUUAUAGCUGAUUUUAUUUGGUGUGAACGAAACAAAAGUGUUCUCAGUCCCUUUUUGAUGUCAAGUUUUAUGAAGUUACAUCUUAAGGACUGUUUUCUUCUUUUGUUUUUUUUGUGCUAAUGUUGUGCCUUCUAAGUUGUGCAUUGUGUUGUCAUGAAGUUAGUGUCUCUUAUCUAGUUGUCCCUGCAUGUAUUCAAGAGCAGCUUAAAAAUAGUUCAAUCUUAAUCUUUUUUCUGCACUGCACUCCAACCUUGGUUCUGUAAUAGAAUGGCCUGAUUACUAUAAGCAUAACCCUGACCUCUCCACCUCCUUCAGGAGCAGGAACUUGAAGCCUGCAAACCGAUAAAGUUAUUAAAUUAGCUUUGCAGGAAUAGAAACCUAUAAGCUUUGUAUCUGUUCAAGCUGUUGGCAUACGUGCACGUUGCAGCACACUUAAUGGUGUUUUUAUAGAGAAGUGAAAGGUUCUACUGUUACUAUGGUAAAAUAUGUUGGUAUCAACUAUAGGAGCAUUAGGAAGAGAUUCAGGUCUACAGCCUGCAUAUUUAGCAGUGCAUUAUCUUUAACUGAGAUUUAAAAACCACUAAGCUUUAUUGGGCCCCAAGGUCGCGGUGUUUGAAUUUAAAUUUUGCCCAUUGAAUAUCCAGUAAAUCAGAAAUAUUUAAAUUUAGUUUAAAAAUGAAAAAAUAGGCCUUCUUUUCAUCUAAAAUAUUCCAAUGAUUAUUUUCUAAAGAGUUGUGGCUUGACUUUUUUUUUGCAAUGCCAUUGCCCUGGAAAAUAAUCACUACUCUAAGGCUCCUAGAGUUGAAGUGCUUACCAGGAUAUUGCAGUUGUGUUGCGCAAUGUUUCACCCAUUAAAACUUUUGACCAAAAUUCAUGGGUAGUUACUCCCAUGAUUUGCCAAUAUGCGCUCUUGAUGGGUGAGAUUCUGUGCUAGAAACAGGAGUUUAAAAUCGACCAGUGAACAAUUUGGGAAAUGAGUACUAUUUCUCAAAAUUAAAUACUUUUUAUUUCAGUAGAUAAGAAAGCACUCGCAUAUACUCAAACAGCCCUUCAGUUUCACAUUAUAAUGAAGCAUUUCAGGUCAGAAACCAAGCAUAGGUUCUUUGUGUUAGGUGUGGUUUACAUAAUUGGAAGUGGUCUAUCUGAAGAAGAUCUAAACUUCAAGUAAAUCUGGUCAUCCUUGGUAUAUUUGUUUGCCUCUAUAGGAGGAAUUGUUACAGGUUACAGUUUUAACUGAGCUUGUAUAAAUAUUUACAAACACAAUGUUGCUGAAAUACUUCAAAUUGCACUAGUGUUUUCUAUAGAGUUCUGAACUCAAAACUAUGAAAGGAAGCCAAAAGAAUUUCACAUGGAGAAAUUCUACAAUUUUUUCACAUUAAAAAAGUUAAAACAAAUAAGAAUUUAAUUCUGGUGCUACUCAAUGACAGUUAUUUGGGAUAUAAUUGUAACAAAUUUGGAACUGCUUACUUGGUCGAUUAUAUUACCUUCUUACCAGCCCAAUUUGGUUUAGUUAGUUAUCAUAUGGUCAGUACGUUUACCUGGCAGCUUUGCAAUAUAUUUUAAACAUCCUCACUUUUUUAAUUUCCUUCUCUGCCACUUAAGUGAGCAGAACCUGAAUGUAAAACAAAAGGCAGCUUUUUUUUAAUCAGAGCACUCAGCUACAGAAUUGUGACUGAUAGACCAACAGAGAUUCCUGUGUAUUUGUAGGAUUACACUUAAUAAUGUACAGCAACUUCCAUAGGUCUACAUAAGACAUAUCCUAUAGAUAUUGUCUGAAUCUGAUUUCACUGAUGACGAAAAUCCAAUGUUUUGUGCUUCUUACUUUCACUCAAGAUUGUUUAGAAGUAAACCUGGUUAUCAUCCAAGCUCCUUGCAAUUGAAGUUGUACAGUACCUUAAUCUUCUAAAACGGUAAAGCAAAUUAGCCAGGACUAGCAGAUUCAGUUAAUAUUACUAGAGUUCUUGGUUUGAUUUUAGUAAUAUGACUUAACAAAUUUGAAUGUUGAGCAUUCAGUAAAGCUAGAGCAUUCUUUGAAUUUUGUCAAAAGCCACUUUGGAUGCAACAUUACAUGUUUUAAUAUGUGUAUCCAAAUCUCCCAAUAGACCACUUAAUCAGAUCCAGUUACUGUGUACUUUCAAACAACUUGCAAUAAAAUCAUGGGUAACGGAAAUUUUGUGUACAGAAGGUUGAUAAUUUUGGAAAUCAGAAAAUUAACAAUAGGUUUAAAAAACUAUCAUAGUUGUGGGUGAGAACACAAGUCCAACAAAUGGCACAAUACUACCAGAAAAGCCUUAAAUUACAUAAUUACUGUGAUACUGCAAAAAAAUACACAAACCUAUUUCAGUAUUUUGAUGCUAUUAAAGUUUGAUAAAAUGCAUAGGAACAUGUGAUAUCUUUCCCCUUAUUUUCAGCAGUAACAGCCAGCAAUAAAUAAUUGGCAACAAUUAAAAUUUCCAAGUGCUUUGUGGGUUUUGUUAUAGGUUAUUUUUAUGAUGGAUUAAAAUGAUUAGCUCUUUGAAGAAGCAAAGGAGAAAAAUAAACUUUGGUUAAUAUUCACAAAGCAUGCAGGGCUUUGAACUGCUUUUGAUCAUACUCUUCGUACCAGUAGUAAUGCUUCGUAUCAGUUUACUUAAGAUGGAUAAUAUGGAAAGAAGGUUCCCCCCAUCUUAAUUGGUGCCACUGCAUGAUAUCUGGAUUUUAAAGUACAAAAUCUGUGCUGCUGGUUUUACAGCAGCUCUGUGCAACUGUUAUCCUGUUCUAAGCCUGUGCGAAUAUGCACUGAAUUGAUGACAAUAUCUGAUUACAUUUAAGCAACAUAUGCAUUCCUCUGUAAAGAAUAGUCCAGCCCCAUGUCCAGAUACAGUAUUGAGUAUUUUUCAUUUGUUAUGCCCUCUAUGCCGGAAGUUAAAUUGUGUAACAAGGAAUAAUAUACAUAAGUACACUUUUAGGACAGACCUAUAAUCUUCCCAUACCUGCAUUAUGUAAAGGCAGCCCAACAUAGACAUCUUUCUCCCCUCUCCUAUUGUACACAUUGCAACUUUUGUAAACUUAUGCCAGCUGUUAACUUACAUCAUGAUAUCUUUUACUGAUGCGCUUCAAAUGCAUUUGAGAGUAACUUUGCCUCCUUAGAUAGUAAGAAAAAUUAAACAGCUGUAUUUUUUUUAAAUAUGAAAAGAAUGGCUAAAUAAAUGGAAAAAUUCAAGUAACCUGAUUCACUCCCAUCUGGAAAUGAGCAGUAAUGCCUGAGUACUACUCACAAUUUAAACUUGAAAUACACCAAACAAAAAUUGGAGACUGUACAAGUAAUGGAGCCCAGUUACCUAAUGAUAGUUAACACUGAUUCAUGUUAACAAAAUGUGACAACAUCCCUUUUUAUGAAAGUCCAUGGUGAAUUCAAAACCUGUUACAUUAAAUCUGAUACCUUGGUAGAAUGCUUACUUAUCUAGUAACAUUAAGUGCUCAACAAUAUACUGCAAUUUCAUUAGCUUACAAUCUACCAAAUUUGUAAGGAAGGAUAAGUAUAGGUACUUGCAAGCCUGUGAUCAUCAGACUGGUUUGUUAUCCAGCACAAGUGUACAUCAUUUUCUGCUAAGUCCCAAAUCCACUAUAUUAAUCCAAGUUCUGUCAUCCAGAUGAAAAAAAAAGCAAUUGUGCAUUCUUCUUCAUUCAUUUGGGAGAAAUAAAACUGCAGAAACGCUCAUCCAAAUUACUAACAUAGCCAUUUUAAAAUGUAUGCAAUAUUAGCAUAGGAACAAACUUCUAUAAAAUAUCAAUUCUUAGAAUAUAAGACAGGACUGAUCCUUACCUGUCACAUUUGGUGUUCGGAAUUGAAGCUGAUCAAAGUUUUUGCUUAUUCAGUUCACACCUUGCUCACUUGACCUGAAGACUAAGUUUGCAAAAUAUGAAAUGCUUGGUAAUUAUUUAACCUCAUUAAUCUCAACUGUUUGAAAGGACUCAUGUCAAUCUUGGACUUAAAAUUUAUUAGUCCCUGGAUAUUUUCUACUAACUUCCUGGCUAAAAAUCACCCCAUUACAUGAAAAGUAGACAAAUUAUAACCUGAAUAGUAAGCUACACUUGAAUUACCCAUCUUGAUGCCACCAAGCAGAUUGCAGAUUCAAUAUUUUGCUCAGGUUUGAUUGAUUAUCCACAUCAUUAUCCCUGCACAAACAUGCCAAAUUUCUGUUGACAAAUUCCCCUCCAAAAUUACACCAAAACAAGUUGCAAUCAAAAUAAGUUGGAACAACUAUUAAGUUGUUCACUGUCUUCAAAGGACGAUUGCAUGAUACUGUUUUAAACUGAAAUAAUUUAACGAUAAAAAUAAUGAUUCUUUCCCACCUCUCUAGAUACAUGAUUAAUCUGCAAUAGGUGGGAAACAGACAUUACUGGGGAAAAAAAACUCAGCAGGUCUGCCACCAUCAGGAGAGAAAGCAGAGUUAACGUUUCUGGUUCAAUGACCCUUUUUCAGAAUUUGGAUUUAAAACAUUAACUCUGUUUUCUCCCCACAGAUGCUGCCAGACUUGGAGGUUUUCCAACAAUUUCUGUUUCUGAUGCCCAGCAUCUGGGGUUCUUUGGUUUUUUUGUAUAAUUGAAAUAUACUUUGAGGAACAAUAUGUAUUAAGAAAUUAUUUUAAUUCUUUUGUGAUUUCUAUUGACAAGUUUAUCACAAAUUUUCAAUAAUGUACCUAUUCAUAUUUUCUGUAAGUACUGGAAUUUAGUUAAAUACUGAAUGAGCUGACGAAAAUUUCAAUAUACACCAGAGGUUGCCUCUCCCAUUUAUCACUAUGUUUAUCUAACCUAAUGUACACAGAUUGCAUUUGCAACUUUUGAGAUGGUGCUGUCAGAGUUUACACACUAACACUGUUCAGUUACCAUGAACAUAAUUUUACAAAGUAUUUUCCUUCCACCACUGCCCCACUCCAAAUGAGGGAUCAUGUAACACCUACAGAAUUUGCCUCAAACUUGCAAUAUUUACAGCAGAAUUUGAAACAGUUGUGUAGCACUGGCAGCUGUCUAUCUUAACUUGCUGGAACAUGCACAUCUGCCACUCAUAAAUAAGGGCUUCAGGCUAUCUAGAAAAUAGUAUUUCUUAUUAAAGUGGGACACCAAUACAAGUUUUUAAGGCUUUUCGUGAACACUCAACUUUCAUAUAGAGAAAGUUAGAUGUUUAAAAAAAUCCUCAUUAGACUUGGUGGACUUUGUCAUAUCAAGAUACACUACUCUUCCUCUCACAGUAACUUGGCAACUGACUAUUAAACAGAUUCUACUUGGAAAAAUCUCAUUCAAUUUUCAAAUUAUAUGAACUUAAAAAUAUAAUUGUUAAAAAUAUGGCUUUUAUCUCAGCUGUCAGUAAUUGAGGCAAGUACUGUUGUUUAUAAACAGCAAAAUGCAGAACAUUGUAUUCCAGUGAAAGCAUCUGGGUAGUGCUAUUGUUCUUUUGUCUUUCUCUUCCUCCUCCUUCCCUUCCCUCCCCUCCCAAUUAGCAACUGGUAUUUUUGAUUCCAAAAGCCAGCAUUAAUUGACCAUAAACAUUAGCACUGACCAAGUCCCUCCAAAGGUAACUGUGUAGUAGUACCCAAGUCUAGAAUUUAGCACAUUUAUUAAGAGUUAUCAACAGAAUUUAACAGCAGUGGCAUACAUUUAUUGGUUGUAAUGAAAGUUGCACUGGUGUCAGUAUGGGUGCUAUUUAUAAUUUCAACAUUGGUUUAACAGAUAAUUAUUGAUAAACAUUUAUAGCUUGAAUCACCAUGCUGCAAAUGUACAAAAUGAGGCUUGUAACAAGUCUCAAGUAGAAUGCAUUGACAGGGAAACCAGGAUAUAUCAUUGAGGUAGCCUGUCUGUUCCCACUGAAUACCCAAUGUAUAUGUGUAAAGACUUACUUCAUGCUGGUUCAAACUAAUAGCACACUUGUUCCCCCAAGCUACCUGAAUUUGAAAUAUUGCUUUAACUGUGUUUGUAGAUAAACCUCUUAUUUACCUCUUGUAUAAAGCAUAAAAUAAAACUUCAUUUUGUGAAA